UUCUGAAUCUUCUGAACAGCUCUUCGGCACUCAGACCUCCGGUACGGGCUUUUGCUAGAUGAAAUAAGUUCGAGCAUCGUUUGGUGUGGAUGGACAGGUCAAGACACUGCGGGAGCUCCGUUGGAUUUAUUCACCGCAUCAUCCAGGGAUAAAUCUGCCUCAAGAACACGUUUCUUGAUCGGAUAAAAUAAAAAGGACAAUGUAUGGACUAAACCAGCGCUGCAUUUACAUAUCAUUUCAUUUGUUUGUGCUGUGGUGUCAUGCUCAGGGGGAGAAUCACCCGUCUCCUCAUUUUAAGCAGUAUGUGAGGACGCAGGGCGCAGGGACGGACCAGCUGAGCCGUCGCCAGGUCCGCGUCUACCAGCUCUACAGCCGCACCAGCGGGAAACACGUGCAGAUCCCCGGCAGGAGGGUCAGCGCCACCGCGGAGGAUGGAGAUGUGUUCGCUCGCCUCUUUGUUGAGACGGAUACCUUUGGCAGUCGAGUGAGAAUCAGAGGUGCAGAAAGUAGGCGCUACCUCUGCAUAAACCGGAAGGGGAAACUUGUUGGAAAGCCCAAUGGCCGGAGCAGGGAUUGUAUCUUCACAGAAAUUGUACUGGAGAACAAUUACACAGCCUUCCAGAAUGCCAAGUAUGAGGGCUGGUAUGUGGCUUUUACCAGGAAAGGAAGGCCCGUCAAAGCCUCCAGGACCAGGCAGAACCAGAGGGAGGUCCAUUUCAUCAAGAGGCUACACACAGGCCCGCCCUCCUUCCCCAACACGGACCAAAGCAAACAAUUUGAGUUCAUUCGCUUUCCGGCCACAAGUCGAGCAAAGAGGAACAGGAAAUCCCUUACCUCUUCCUAACAUGCUACAAAAAGCGAACUGAUGAAAGUUGCUUUCGGAAGAUACAGAUGCAAUUAUAUUUUUGUAUAUUUUUGACAGCCAAAAGAUGUUUAAAAUGCCACAAAUCUAAAAUAACAGAAUUAUGAUGUGUAAAUACUGAAG